UUGUUGGUCUGCGUGCGACGCAGUCCCCCGGGGCCCGGGAACUGGGCCCAUUCCGGCGUCAGAUCCGUACGGGGGCACCAACAGUCACGAGAGUCACACAUUUCGGCUAUCUGUGUGUGUGUGUGUGUGUGUGUGGGUGAUUGUGAUUCAGACCGAGUGUUGAACGAAACCGAACCGAGACACCGACCAAAACAGGAGGUACCACGAAUGGUCAUAAUACUGAUCGUACUGCCAGCAGCAUGCCAUCUUCACCAGCCGAAACCCCAGUCAGCAAGUCGCCGUCGUCCGCCGCAGCCGCAGGCUCCUGGACCAACUCAGCCGGAGUCAGUCCCGCACCGCGACCGAGCCUCCAACCACCGGUCAGCCGGAAACGGCGGAACCCAUCAUGCCCGGCCCACCGGUGGACGAUGGGCGGACAGACCUCGCACACCCGAUCCCGAUCGUCCCGUGGCCGGUGUGGCCCGACGGUCCCGUGUUUGGGUGCCGAAUCUGGGAAACGAUCGUAUCGCUGCUAACAACAACAACAACAACACCGCAAACAACUGCAACGAACCACAGCGGCAGCAGCCCUCGGCUGGCUGGAGCUACCUGACGCGUAUAAUAAUUUCCGACGACUUUCCACAGGUAGCAAUCAGGGGGGGCGACAACGCCACCGACAACGCCACCGACAACGACGACGAGGUCGAAACCGUCAACCGUGAAGAGGAAAUCAUCAAGAAGCGUAAGACGGAGUUGACCACCACGCGGCAGACGGAGACCCGCAUCAAGCGGCAGCUGCUGUUCGAGGAUGGUAAAGUCAUCGAGGACUCCGGGCCGAUCGUGUCGACCAACACGAUGGAGGACACCGACCGGCAGGAGACGGUGCAAACCGAGCAUCGCGCACUGGGCGAUCCAGAAUCGAACCGGGAGCAACCGGGCACUCCCGAUCCCGAGCAGCGGCAGCAGGACGAGCUGCCGGCGCCGGACAGCAGCGCAGCUACCACACCAAAGAAGCGAAACGAUGGCACCACCACCGUUGCGGCCACCCGACCACCCGACGGGCUGCUGCGCAACGUCAAGGAGGAGGUGUCCGUUUCGCGCGAACUCACCACCGAGCGCACCGAAGUGGCCGAGCAGCAGCAUUUCGGUGACUUUACCGACGAGGCGUACCUUGGCGUAGUCCGUAGUGGGGUAGGGGGCGACAUCCGGGAGCUGCUGCUAUCGGAGAAGGCACGGGCGGAGCUCAGCCCGCCGUCUGGCCAGCCGCAGAUUGUUCAGCACACGGUCCAGACGAAGAAAGUGAUCGACAGGGAGGACACGGACAUCCGGCAGCUGGUGAAACCGGACGGCACCCUGGUGACGGAGAAGCAGCAAACGCGCCAGCACGAGGAAGUGCACGACGACGAGCUGCCGCCGGACUCGGCCGGGGCGUACCCGGUGCCCGGCUCGGACCAGGCGCAUAACGACGAGCGACUGAUCGAACAGAAGUCGUCCGCGCAGCGCUACUACAAGCAACGCGACGAACAGCAUGUGGAUCUGCUGGCGAACGGUAGAGUGAUUGGCCACGAGAUGCGGUACGCGGCGGAGCAGACACAGCUGGAGAAGGACGGGCAGACGGCCCCGGGCGAGCCCGGCAUGCUGUCGGACUGGGACAGUCUGUCCGAUCGGUUGCGCAAGGCGCGCCGGUUGGGCCGCCACCCGAAGGAACUGGCACCACUCGUCCCGGGGCACAGCAAGGGGCCGAACCAGCAUGGGGCCGGGCUGGGAUUCCCGGCGGCCGGCCCGGGUGGCCCGGGGCCGAACGAUCGGCUCGAUGCGCUCACCAAAAAGCCGCUCGACUUCGACAUGGAGGAGGAAACGCGCAAGCACGAAACGAACAAGUGGCUCGAGUGUCACUUUGGCAGCGAGUCGCGCUCGUCGCGCGACUCGCACGAGGAGCUCGACGAGCUGCUGGUGGAGCCGACGAAGAAAACCUACUUCAACGUGACGAUCAAGUCAACCGACGGAAACGGCUCGCUGCUGGGCCCGAUUGAUGCACCCGAUCGCCCGAACUACUCUGGCCCGAGCGCUUCCACCGGUGCCAAACGGGACCCGCUGGAUGCUUCCAAAGGGGAGCCCGGGCUCUACCCGGCCGGUACACCGUUGAAUUGGUCCAACCGUGGGCCACGAUCGACGUCGCCUGGGUGCCGCCGUGAAGACACACCGUUCGGUAGCGGUUCCGGUGGGCGUGGGUACCGAAAAGGGUUCCGCGAAACCAAAAAGCACGAAAGCCCGGAGCAGAUCGGAACGGACAAGACGGGCAGUUACGUCAUGGAACCGCGAGCGACGGAGCUGGGCGGAGAUGGGCUUCCGCGAGAUCGGCCUCCCAGGCAGCCGUACAGUGGCCAUCCGGAGCAACCGGAUGGCAGACCGCAGGUGCCGCAGCGUCGUAAGCAACUCGCACAAUCGUUCGCCGCAGGACGAGAGAACCGCUCGCUUCAGGAGCACCAGCCACUGCAGCACCAGGCCCGGCAACACCCGGCACACCAGCAGUAUCCUUCGAAUGCCCGGCCACAGUAUGAGGUAAAGCCGGUUAGAGGGGCGGCAAUAGUUCAUGGGUACGGGCCACGCAGUCGCUCGGUGUCGCCGAUUCCAAUACCGCCCGUAGCGCAGACAAUGCGCAAGCCUUACCAGAAAACGCGUUUCAGCAGCAUCCAGGAUCUGAGUCACGGUCAUGGCCAGGGCGGUGGCGAGCGAUCUGUAGGCAGACCGCAGAGCGCACUGUCGAAGUCGAAUUUCGUUGGAUCCGCCAUCGGAAAGUCGUUCCGCAAGCUAAUGUGCAAGAUACGUUCCAACAGCGCUGAACGGAAGCUGAAAAUGAAGAGCUCCAAGCUACAGCAGCAGCAGCAGCAGCAGCGGUCAUCGUCGCCCGUAUCGUCACUCACGGGGCAAGGGUCAGCGCGGCUCAAGCACCAAUCGCCGACUUACCAGCAGUACAACGUGAUCGACGGUCACAUCAGUAACAGUGGUUCGCCGCCGCCGCCAAUCCACGAACAGCAGCGGGACGCUCACGUCGCAACGGACCUGCCGCUCUCCGAUGGAACUGACCGACCCACGCUCAGAAGGAACGGACACAGGACGCAGCAGCAGCAGCAGCAGCAUCAGCAAGAGGUCGUCGAUAGCACUAGUGGCAGUGGUCUCACGCCUAGACAAACGUACUAUCUCGGCGAGAAUCCCUACGGUGCUGGCAUCUACGGCAAAGAGAACAAGUAUAAUGAUGCAACGGCCACCGACAUGUCUGACAGCGUCGGUGUGGGGCCCAAAGUGCCCGGACGUCACUACACGUCCUCGCAGCCACGGGUCUUCCAGCAUCUGCCCCACUCCAAUCGCCAUUCGAACCUCGGUCGAUUCAGCAAAAGCACCAACCGCCUGCCGACAAGCAGCCAUGGUGGCCAUUAUGAGCAUCCGGAGGUGCAGUAUCUGGGGCGACCGGUCGCCUCAUUGCACUCCCACAGCUCACAGACACUGCCGCGCAACGAUCUCCACCAUCAACACAAUAAGCUGCUGCACGGCUCGAAGCCAUUGCACUCAUCCACAAUCAACGUGUCGAUUGUGAACCGGGUUAAUCUGCCGACGGCGAGCCCGGUGGCAGGCCAGUCCCAGGUGCUCGCCACCGCCGGUCCGGUCAAACCGGCGCGGUCGUAUAAGACCCUUAACCGCAGCAAGUCUUUCAACGUUCACGGGCUGAACGGAACCAACGAUCCAAGUCCAAUUUACCUGGAAAAAUUGCAACGCAACCAGCAUGCACCGGUUGGCGGAUUUUAUCGGUCCAGCUCGUACUUGGAAGAGCAGAAGGAUCCGUCGUCGUUGCAGCUCAAGAGCCCGUCGAUCGUCAACUACAUUAGUCGCAGCACGCGCGAUCUAACGAACGGACCACUGUACGAGAGUGAUCGCAUCGAUGCCGCGAGGGAACCGGAUAGUGGGGGGCCAACGCACACACUCGACAAAAAAGGUAUGUUCCUGCGGAACCUGCAGAACCGUGCCCCAGAGCUGUAUCGUACACUGCACGAAGGCGACAUGUGCCGUGAGUCCCCGCGCUCAGCAUCCCGCGACUAUCUCAACACUUACAUCACCCGUGGCCAGGAGCAGGCGCUCGGGUCCCGGAUACCGGUCGGCCCGAACAAGGACACGGCCAGUAUCGUACCGCGCAGUGGCUCCAGCCCCGACGAUUAUUCGGAUCAACGGAAGCACUUGAUAAUCCGGAAAGGUUCCGCUUUUGGAAUGGCCGAUCAGCAAAACCUGCCCGUCCGAUACCGGGUAGAGUCGGAUUUGAAAUAUCAACGAAUUAAUGAUAGCCCGAACGUGGGCGGGGUGGUCAUCGAACUACGCAAUAACUCCUAACCGACGUGCGACGUCAGGGGCCAAAACAUGAGUGAGGCCCUUCUGUACGGAACAUUAAUUUUACGCUAACUUAUGCUUACAUCAAAGUACUCAUGUUGUGCCACACGCAAGAGACCGCAUACCCGUACUUCGGGGUAACUUCACUGAAUUAAUAUGAACUUUUUGUACGCCCUAAAUUGUGUUGUCGAAUAACAAUCAUAAAAUUUUAUC